AUGUCGGUCCCCAACCCCUGUACAUGGCGGAGGGAUGUGCUGGUGUUGACACCCUGGUUGACUCCAGUUGUCUGGGGGGGCACCUUCAACAGAGAGAUCCUCAAUGCUCAAUAUGUGCAGAAGAACCUAGUCACUGGAGUGGUCACUUUUGCUGUUAAAAGGUACGUACAGUUCAUAGAAGGGUUCAUGAGCUCUGCCAAGAAGUACUUCCUUGCUGGGCACCAGGUGAAUUUCUACUUGUUCACAGACAGCCCUGAGCAGAUCUCCCACCUUCAGAUGGGCCCUGAGAAUCACCUGUUUGUCAUCCCUGUCCAGAAUGACUCAGGGUGGCAGGAUGUCUCCAUGAGCCAUAUGGAUAUCAUCAGCAGGUAUAUCUGCAUCCAAUUCCAGUAUCAGGUUGACUAUCUCUACUCCAUAGAUGUUGAUGUCCAGCUGUUUGAACAUGUUGGUGUGGAGAUCAUUGAUACACUGGUGGAGACCAUCAGCUCCUGGCAGUACACCACACAACGUGACAGCAAACCAUAUGAGACAUGCGUCGAGUCCCAGGCUGCUGUCCCCAGGGGCAAAGGGGACUUCUACUACACAGCAAGCUUCUACGGGGGGAGCGUGGCUGAGGGCUGCAAACUGACCAGAGCCUGUUUUAAAGGGCUCUUGAAGCACAAAGAAAAAGGCAUUGAAGCAAGGUGGCACAAUGAAAGCCACCUCAACAAGUAUCUCCUGUACCACAAACCCACGCGCCUGCUCUCCCCAGAGUACUACUGGGACGAGGAGCUGAGGCAGCCCCGCAGCAUCCAGGUGAGAAGUCUGAGCCCUGUGCACAAGGACAGCAGGAGUGGAGUCCUUCAGGGACUGGCAUUGGGGCCAGUAUUGCUCCAUGAAUUUACUACAAUGGAGAGUGGACAGAAGCACCUGCAGCAAACUGUGGGUGAUACCAACUUGAGAAGUGUUGGUGUGCUGGAGGGCAGACCUGCUCAGAGGCCGUACACUGAGGCAUCUUCAGCAAUACCUCCCGCAGUGCCCGUGGCAGCCUUCGGCAGGUGUGAUCAGCGCUUCCCGCACCACCUCCGCUCCCGCCAGCCUUCCCUUCGCAGCAGCAGCGCUGGUGCCUGCUGCCAUCUGCUGGUCAGUGGCGGCCACUGCAAGCUGCUCUGCCGCAAGCCUCUGCACAGACGCGCCCCCCCCAUUCCCCCCCCCGGCCCUGCUGCCCCACCGGCCCUGGGCAGAAAUGAGAAAUUCAGCAGCCGAAUGACUGAAUGA